AGAGUUCCUCUCCGUCCUUUCCGACCGUGACUUCCCUUACCGCUCCAUCAAAAUGUUAGCUGCCGAGCGCUCUACAGAAUAGCAGCUAACUUUCGAGGACCAAUUGUAUACAAUUGAAGAACCGGGAGAAGAGAGCCUUGGUAUUGUUGAUAAUGCGCUGUUUAGUGCUGGUGAUUCGAUUAGUGGCAGUUUGGUUGCUGAUAAACCUUUCCCACUGCCUUCCCUAGGCGUUAGUCCUGGAAGUUUGCGGAGAACAUUUACUUAUGAAGAGCUAAAGAUGGCAACAGACAAUUUCUCUAGUGCAAACUUCCUCGGUCAGGGAGGUUUUGGAUGUGUCCAUAAGGGUGUCCUUCCUAAUGGGAAAAUGGUCGCAAUCAAACAGCUCAAAGCUGGCAGUGGACAGGGGGAGCGUGAGUUUCGGGCAGAGGUUGAGAUCAUUAAUCGUAUCCAUCACAGAAAUCUCGUAUCUCUGGAUGGAUACUGCAUUUCUGGGGCCCAUAGAUUGCUUGUCUUUGAGUUUGUUCCAAAUAAAACCUUGUACUUUCAUUUACAUGGAGAUGGUAGACCAAAUAUGGACUGGCCAACUAGAAUGAAAACUGCUCUAGGGUCAGCCAGAGGAUUGCAUGAAGACUGUCACCCCAAGAUUAUACACCGUGAUAUAAAGUCUGCUAAUAUUCUUGUUGACAAUAGCCUUGAGGCAAAGGAGGAUCUUGCGAAAAUGGGCGUCAUGAUCCGUCAUUAUGACAAAAAGGAAUUGAAGGGUUAUGUGCGUGUGUCUGUUGGGAAGCCUGAACACACUAAUGCUCUGAUGAAGUGCCUUAAAAGUCUUUCUUGA